GCAACGUUUAGCAUCUCCCAUAUUCAUAUCGAGCUAGCCAGCUACUUCACGCGUUCCACGCAUAUCACAGCUUUGGCUCUGGACCUGCAUUUAAUUGAAGAAAAGUAAACUGGAGUUUCAGUAGCUCUGUGUUAUUCAUAUCCUCAACCAGAUUACUUUGACCAGUUUCUGCAGCUCAGUACUUUGACCCCCUCCUGUUUGUCCCAUGCCCCUUUUUCCUAUUUUCGGUUCUCUUUCUUCCAUAAGCCAUCUCCCCUCCCUGCAUACUCAUCUCCAUCUCCCUGCCCGAGUCUUUUUUUAUUUUUAUUUUAACUUUUCCCUUAAUUCCCUAAAUAAUCCAUACCCCUUUUCCACCUCUUUCUGUACCCUUUGCCUGCUCCCAUAUCCUGGUGAUGUCAGUGUCCCAGGAGCCCAGACUUGCCAGCACUCCUCUCCCUCUUCCAGCACAUUUUGUGCAGGCUCAGCAGCCGUUCUCCCUCAAAAAAAGGCGCCUUCCGUUCUCGCACUCAACUUCAUCCUCAUCAUUUUCCCCACCUCCCCUCCUCUCGCAGUCUCUGCCCCCACGCCCCCCUUCCAAAGGCUGCCCCCCUCUCAGCCGAGUCUUCCCACAGCAGCCCCCUUCCCCCUGGACACCCCUCUCCAAUUCCCUCUCCCAGUCUCCCCCGCCGCCAUCACUUUAUGACCCAAGCAAACCCCAGUCCUACUUCAGCCAGUGCUUCACCAACCUCGGCUUGCUUGGGAGGGGCUCCUUCGGAGAGGUCUACAAGGUCCUCAGUCUCCAGGAUGGGGAGCAUUAUGCAAUCAAGCGGUCAGUCCAGCGUUUCCGAGGUGACAGAGACCGGCAGAGAAGCGUUAGGGAGGCCAGGAACCAUGAACGCCUAGGUCGCCACCCCCACAUCCUGGGUUUCCAGGCUGCUUGGGAGGAAAGGGGCCAUCUCUACAUCCAGACAGAGCUGUGCUGUACCAGCCUGCUGAUGCAUUCUGAGGCCCAGCCAUCCAACACAGAUGAGUCAGUGGCCUGGGCCUACCUGUGCGACCUGCUGUCUGCCCUACAGCAUCUCCACUCUCGAGGAUUUGUCCACUUGGACCUCAAGCCAGCCAAUGUCUUCCUGACACGAUCGGGCCGCCUCAAGCUGGGUGACUUUGGUCUGCUCCUGGAGCUCUCAGGAGGGCGGAGGGCUGGGGCGGAUGGGAGGGAAAGAGAGGAGAGAGAGGAAGGACAGGAGGGAGACCCUAGAUAUAUGGCCCCAGAACUACUGAGAGGAGAGUACAGUCCUGCUGCUGAUGUCUUCAGUCUAGGUGUGUCUAUCCUGGAACUGGCCUGUAACAUGGAAGUGCCAAAAGGGGGAGAUGGCUGGCAGCAGCUCAGACAGGGAGACCUGCCCUCUGAAUUUACUAAUGCCCUGUCUGCUGAGCUGCAGUCUGUGCUGAAGAUGAUGUUGGCUCCAGACGCCUCUGAGAGGGCCACAGUCCCCCAGCUUCUGGCCCUCCCAGUGGUGCGGAGACAGAGGUGGAAACGGCAAGUUUCCCUCCUCCUGACUGAGUCCCUGCUGUUCCUCUUCUCCCUUUGUGAGAUCAUGUUGUCGGCAGGAAAGCGUCUCCUAUCUUCUCUUCAUGUCCCAUUCCUCCUUGGCUGGACACCCCCUGUGCCCUGUACCCCUCCUAGGGAUACCUGGGUCAAUGAUGGAACCUGCAGUACCCCCCCUCCCAGCUUUCUAUACACAGACACAGGGAGCCUGGGAGAAGACUUGGUGUUUAUUCCCGAUGUACUGGAGGCUGAUUACUCUCCCACCGUCUCUCACAGCAGGAUGAAAUCACGGGUGUUUGAGGAUGGCACCUCCACUCUUCUCUCCAACAUUUCCUCAAACUCUCACGACAGUCUCACGAACACUCCCACCCACAGUCUUACACACAGCUACAGCCUCACACACACCCCUUCUGGCACACACACAGGUGGAUCAAAGCAUGCUCAUGUAGGCUCUUCCGAUCAAAGACCUACAGACACACAUCCACAUAAUCUUGCAUACUCCAUUACACACAGUCCCACUAACAAAGACAAUCAGCAGCCCACAGUCACUCAGUCUCACAGUCCUGUCUUAAACUGGAUCAGACCUGAGCCAUGUUUACGAUCCACCUUUGAGCCCAAGAACCUGCUCAGCCUUUUUGAUGAGACCUCGCUGGAUGGACAGUCCUGAGAACAAGAUGGCAUGCAGAGCCUUGCUGAUAAGCCCCAGCAGGACAUGGACACAUGCACACACGCUGCACUUAGAGUACAAAGACCAUUGGAGUGACAUGCCAUGCCUACACUUUAAUGGAUCCUAGCCCUUAAAUUGUGACUUCAAAGUGAUGUAUUAAUAUUGUAUAUCUAAGUUUGUGUGAUUAAAAUACUGAAUCCCUGAA